AUGUCUGGUCGGAAGCUCGGAGGCGGUCGCAUCCUAGGCAGCGGCAAGGGCCUUGCGCCGCCACCCGCUGCCCCUCGUUCUCGUGCCCCCAGCCCGUUGGCACCGUCCGAGAGCACCAUCUCGAUUAGCUCAUCGCCGCUGUCGCCGUCUAUGAGCGGCAGUUUGACGGGUAUUGGUCGGGAUAUCGGAUCCAGCAUCAGCGUCGGCGCACAGCCCAAGGCUGGCCUAUCCAGUGAUGGAGCGCUCGUUUGUCCCAUCUGUAGCGAGGAGAUGGUCACUCUAUUGCAGCUCAAUCGACACAUUGACGACAAUCACCAGGAACUACCCGCCGAGGAGCAAGACGAAGUAAAGACGUGGUUCGACAAGCAGGUGCAAAAGGCGAAGCGCUUUCAACCGCUCUCCCUGAUCAACCAAAAGCUUCGCGGCUUGGAGGUUUUUGAACCAAACGAGGCGCCUCAGCCACAUCCGCACGUCUCAUCGCAUGCUCCCGGGAAAUCGCAAGAAUACCAUAUCGAUCCGGAGGAGCUCAUCACCAGGCACCAUUGGCAGCGACCAACAGGUCAUGACAGGUGCACCGACCCUACCUGCGGAAAGAACCUCGGCCCUAUCAACGGCAACAUAAACUGCCGAAAUUGCGGCCGAUUAUUUUGCGAAGAACAUACGAUGUACCAAAUGAAACUAAGUCGAAGCGCCAACAGCGAACCUGUUCGGGGCGUCUGGGCUCGUGUGUGCGAAACCUGCUACAAGUCAAGGGAUGGGUACAACGACCACACAGGCGUCUCGAUAGAUCACACAAGCGCAUUUAUGGAAACUCGCCGAAAACGUGUUGAACGCCAAAAGCUCGAAGUCUCGCGACUCGAGAAGCGGUUAACAAAGCUAACGAGAUUGUUGGUUGAUUCACCCGAUAAGCCAAACGGCUCGCUGCUAUCCCCAGUCACCCAACUGACAGGGCAAAAUAAUCAACGAAAAGCGAUCGAACAGUCUGUCGUACCUUGGGAGGACGAUGAAUCCGUUUCAAAGUGUCCAUUCUGUCAACAAGAGUUCGGCAGUUGGACAUUCAGAAGACAUCACUGUCGCAUCUGCGGCCGAGUGGUAUGUGCAGACUUACAAACGGGCUGCUCGUUUGAAGUCGGUCUCGAUGUUGCACCACCCUCACAUCAACCUACAGAAAAACCGCGUCCCGCAACCGACCUUGUCAAGAUCAACAUCCGCAUGUGCCAGGACUGCAACCACACAAUAUUUUCCGGUAGGGACUUUAGCGCCUCUCUGGAAUUGAAGCCCACAGAUCAGCGAGCGUAUGAAACACUACAACAAUUCGAGCGAGGCAUUCGUCAGCUACUGCCCUCCUUCCAUCGCGUUCUACUGGCACUACAGCCGGAAAAGCUAGAGAACGGUGAAGUCGACUUGACUAAGCCACCGCCCACGCGAGCACAAAUCCAGGAAGCAGGCAAGAUCCGAAAACGUCUCAUUGACAGUUUUGGAAAAUACGGUAUCGCCGCGAAGCGCAUCAGGGACCUGCCAACCCAGAGCCCAACACAGCAACGACUACAAGCAGCCAUUUACAUGUAUGCGAGUGGCUUCCUGCACACGAAUAUGCUGCCGCUCAAGAGCCUACCCCAGCUCCUACGCAACCAGUCGUCGGCUUCGUCGCGCUCCGGGCGCUCCGCGCACCACCUGUCGGUGCAUUCGGCAUCCUCGGGCCUGCGCCACACGGAGCUCGCCGAGUCCGACACGGCCUCGCAGGCCGCCAGCGAGGUGAGCACGGUCGUGAGCCAGCUAGAGACGGAGGAAAGGGGCCUGCGCGAGGGGCUCGCCGUCCUCGAGGAGCAGCGCUUCAUGGUCGAGGAGAUGCUGCGGGCAGCCACCCGCGCGCGCCGCUUUGAGGAGAUUUCAGCGCUUAAUCGCAACAUGGAUGAGCUCGAGGCGGAGAUUCAGGCGCUGAAGAGCAAGAUUACGAGCGUGGAAACCCGGUGGGAGGGGGUAUACCGAGACGGGGUGGCUUCAUGA